AUGUCAUCGUCUUCGGACCAUUUUCCGGGUGCACCCUUCAAUACGGAUCCGAUUACAACAAUGGCAGCAUCAAUGGCAGAUGUGGUCACGUCGCCUAGCGGGGCUUCGACCGCACCACCACCGCUGAAUCUUCCAUUGAUUCAAGAUGACGUGUUGCCGGUACAGAUUCCAAAUCGGGAGCCAGCAGCGGAAGCAGAUCCCCAGCCUCCAGCGUCUCAAGAACAACAGGCAGCAUCAGUAGCGUCGAAUGCGCCAGCGACAGAUGCACCAGAAGAAGGAGACGCUGAUGCAUCAACAUCCGGAUCGACGAGUACCACUACAACAACAACAACUACAACGACAUCUUCAACAUCAUCUACAACCACUACUACCACCACAACCACAACUACCACAGCAACUGGGAGAGUCACACCAGUCGUAUCUCAUGAAGCCAUGUUCCAUGAAGCUAUAAAAAGAUGCAAUAACUGUCUAUUUCUCAUCAGAAAACUUCGAAACAAACAAGAUAACAUCUCGGACAUCUUACUGGGAAGUCAAAUUGAUCGAGAUUAUUUUGAGAGUGCUCACAGCGACUAUAAGGAUAUGUCGACCUUGAUGUCAGAAGUCAUGGGAAUUUAUGAGAAACUGGAGAAAAUCACAAAAAUGCUCCCAGAGGUUACUCCACCAACUGACAGUAUUUCUUUGAUGCGCACACUAUACAUGCAGGAGCAUACCAUGGGCCAUACGGAUAUCAAUUCAUUGCUUGAUCAGAUGAUUGAUUCAGGAAACUGGAACGAAGGACAGUUUCAAAUAUUCUUCUUCCUCUCGGAACUUCUACGCGUCGCGACACCAAAAAUCAUCAAAGCCGUUACAACACCAAGAUCCGCGGAUACUCCUCCUCUACCAGUUCCAGUGCUCCACAUAGCAGCCUCCAAGAAUCAUGAAAAUUUUUCGAAGGCCUUUGUUGAUUUGAAGGAAGAUAUUAUCAACAAAUCGCUUGGAAUUUAUCCAAAGAUGCUGUAUAAGACGGCGACUAGUUCAGUUGUGGAGUUCCAAUUCGGAUGUGCAGGAUCAAAUGGUUCCGACGAGAAUGAGAUUGUUCACAGAAUGAAAUUCCUUCUUGUUGAGCGAAACGGAUCUAUCUCCCACAUCAAUGUGAUUGCUCCAACCGAGGAAUGGAAAUAUUUGAAUAACUUCGGCACCCCAGUAAUCAAUCCAUUUGCUCCAUCGUGCUUCGAAGUCCACCGUCGGCUCACCAAACAGGCUAAUUACCAUCUCCUCAACCACGUUGUUAGCCAUGCUGGCCGCUGGACAUCGCCUUCUCUUCUCCUUUUCGUCUCUACUUUCGGGAAGUUGGGAGAAGUCUUCACCGCCAGAUGCAGAAUUUGCAAAAGACACCUCAAAAACUUUCUUCCACCACUCAUCUUCGACAUCCGCUCUCCCGGAAACGCUACACAUGAGGCGUGCAAAGAAAAGAACCCUGUUCAACUUAUUUAA